AUGGAGAACAAGACAAGUCGAAAGCAUGGUACUUCAACGGAUAUCUCAGAGUACAUUAGUUACUACACGGCACAUUCCCGGGAGAAUGUGGCACCAGCUACUCAACAUGUCGAGAACAUUAAGCCCUCGUUACAAAAUGCCGAUGCGCGAUACGGCGGCAAUCAUCACGUCUCUGAGCAGCAGGAAAUUGAGUCGCCAUCGUCUGGGCCAAAACCGUCAUCUAGUUUUAAGAAAUCUUACAACCUGCCGUUGCCAAAUACAUCCUUGGUUCAGUUUGACACCACACCGUUCUCCUCACCUCACAACAAGAACAUUAAUGUUUACAGUCCAUCUCCAUCGUCCAUCUAUCCUUCAGAAGGUAUUCGCUCGGAAGACUGCCUUUCGUCACCAGAGCUGGCAAGCGUGAACCGCCGUGGCAAGGAUUUCAUCCUCUCUGAUCUGGCUCAGUACUGUUACAAUAGCAGCGAGGGAAGAGAUCGAACGUCUGAGCUGAGGUCCACAUCGCUGACUGAUCACGACGGUCCACACGUUCGGAACGUCAACACCAAUCUACAGGAGGAACUUUUGGCGGCAGAUGACAGAUGGUGCGUCAGAGAUGUGAAUACAUCAGGCCAAGAUGCAGAUGGAAGCAGUGAGGGCUCCACAACCGACAUCUCGACUGGCACCACAGUACGCUCAGGGGGUGAGCUGAUGUUGCCCAAACAGCCAGCGUGUGAGGAGUGGGAUUGCGUCACCGCUAACAGAGUCGUCUUACACUGCAACUUUGUCGACACCAACAGAGCAAACAGCGCCAGUGGUAUUGUUUGUAACAGUGAUGGAGUGGCUGCGGGCGAGGCCAAAUCAGGCCACAAUAAAUUUCAUCUUCGAAAGUGGAUGAAAAGGACAUGGGGAAGGACACGAGGGCGACUGUUGCAGAAAGAGUCUCAUAGGAAGGUGGAUAAGUCCUAG